UAUACUACCUGUUCGUGCCUUAAAUAGAAAACUCCCCACAACAGGUUUUAGCAAGGCAGUUAACAGGUAAACAACAUCUUAUUCAGCAAGGAGUCAAAACACCGAAGAACCGAGCAUGAAGUACCUACUGUUACUACUACCAACACUUGUAAUCUGUGCCAACAUCGAUGAUGAUACUGACUGGAGUACAUUUGUGGAUAUCAACGCGGAGGUAACACUGCAUUGUAACAACAGCGUGACAAUGAUACAACAGGGAGAGAUUGGGCGAUGGACUGUACCAUCUGAGGAAAUACUCACCGAUAACCACAACGAUUCAAACUUUCAAGUACAUUCGAUGUAUGGAAUUGAGGGAUACGCUCUCCUGGUCAAAAAGGUUACUACAGAGACUCAGGGUGUUUAUGUAUGUAUCAUAUACAAUGGAGUCCAUGCUCGAGAGCAGGUUUUACGGUUGGUUAACUAUAACGGACCACAGUACGAAAACCUGUCUGAGAAAUAUGAAACGCAUAUCAUCAUUGCUGUUGUCGCCACAGCGACAUUCAUAGGCCUUCUUCUUAUCGUUUGCCUAACCUAUCGCUUCCGGUAUCGGUCUGCAGAAGAGAAAGUGUUCGCGCACAACUUCCAGGAACAAGCAGAUGUUAGGAAGAGUCGGACGAUCGCUGAUACCGUGAGUGCCCCAGAAGGUAAAUCGGCAUACGACAACCCUACACCGAGUUAUUCUACAAAUAUGUAAGCCACGUGUGUUGUGUUGUACAAAACAAACCCAAACCUUUCAAUAUUGACUGGUACCCUGUAACAUCUUCGGUACAAUGAAAUCGAGGGAGAAACGUGAAUUAUGUCUCUAUAUCAUGACUAUCCGAGAUCACGUGCUUCUGAUAAACGGCGAAUGCAUUGGAAUCAUUAUCAACUAAAGAAGUUUAGCCGAUGCCUUAAAUAUAUGCACAAUGUAUCUGGGCUAGUGUUCCCCACACAAACGUGGACUAUUCUAGUAUUUCAUGUGGUUACCAUAAUCAUAUACGUGUACAUGGAUGAUUUAUAAUAUCAGAGACUUAUAUUCAAACAAUGCAUACUAACAAUCCAAUUAACUGUAGUAGUAAAUAUGAGUUACUAUAUCAUUAUACCUACCUGAUUUAAUCAUAUAUAUUGUAACACUUAAAUCUUUUGAUAUAUUCCAUAAUCGUUCAUUAUUUGCCAGGUGUGAAAAAGACUCGUGUUUCAGUAGUAGUACAAAUGUGUUACUAUAUAUAUAACAAUCUGUCAAUCAUGGAAUGUGUUCCGUGUUUCUGUGGACCUAAGCUACAUAUCAUUAUAUGAAGCCAGACGUCCUUUUAGAUUACACAGCUGUAAUCGCCAUGACUCAAUGUAUACCAGGUUAUUGAUUUCAGUUAUUGAUAUCGAUUAUUCUUUUAACAUUUAACAUUUCAACAUUAAUUUAGACCUAAUUUGAUUUUCAUAUCUUAAUUCCUUGAUCGGGUUUACACUUUUGGCUGCGAUUAUCACUGACAAGUUCUAGAGGGGCGAAAUUGCUGUAAGGUGCAGUUUAAUAUUCAUUAUUCUGUAAAUCAUAAUUGUUACUAUUGUUUAAGGGUGCUAUUCGUUUUUGUUUUGUACAUUUCAUUAUAAUCGAGAAAUGACUAGUUAUCUACGUGUUAGCUUUGUUUUUGGAUUUUUUAACAUUUAUAAGACAUUUAUCCAUGACAGUAAUUGAACACAUACUGCUUGUAUUAUCAUUAUAUUAUACAUUUUUGCAAUAUAUUUUUAUUAAAACCACA